AUGAGGAAUUUAAUCAUCGACCUAGUCGUGCUACUUCUUGCCGAUUUUGUGAGUGCGCGCUCGGUGAGCGAUGUGACCGAUGUGCCGACAGGACUGAACCUCACCGUCAGUGAUCCUGUGGAGGAGCAGAUUUCAGUAUCAGCCGUUAAACCGAGGAGAAAGAGAUUUAUUUCCCACAGUGAUAUGAUGGCCAUCGUUGAUUAUCACAAUCAGGUCCGAGCCAGCGUGUUUCCUCCUGCAGCCAACAUGGAAUACAUGUUGUGGGAUGAAUCUCUGGCGCGCUCAGCUGAGUCCUGGGCUGCCACCUGUAUCUGGAAUCAUGGACCUCCAUAUUUGCUACGAUACCUCGGCCAAAAUCUGUCAGUACGCACUGGCAAUUACCGGUCAAUCUUGCAGCUGGUAAAACCCUGGUAUGAUGAGGUGAAUCAUUACAUGUUCCCAUACCCACGUGACUGCAAUCCCUCGUGCCCAAUGCGCUGUUAUGGACCUAUAUGUACACAUUACACCCAGAUGGUGUGGGCAACGUCAAACCGAGUGGGCUGUGCAAUACAGGAGUGUUAUAACAUGGUGGUGUGGGGUGCCGUGUGGAGACAGGCUACUUACCUGGUCUGUAAUUACUCUCUAAAGGGGAACUGGAUAGGAGAGGCGCCUUAUCAAGUGGGCAUCCCGUGUUCAGCGUGCCCACCAAGUUAUGGAGGAUCGUGUAGGAACAACAUGUGCUUCCCCUCUAUCAACUCAAACUUUAUGUACUGGUUUAAACGUUAA